CAUUGACAUAUAUAUAUUACCGAAACCUCCUCGCCACAUACCUCAUGACCCUCUUCUGCAUAUAACAAUCCAUGCAUUAAUCGAUCAAACAUGCCUGGCAUUUACCCCAAUACUCCUGCUAUAGGUCUCCCUCCGGGAGGCCUGAUCAACCCUGGCGAAACCAGCCUGCAAGCCGCUGCCCGGCGGUACCAUGAACGAAAGAGACGAGAGUCUGCCUCUUCAGGUGAACCUGACUCAGUACCUAGUUCUGCCGAGCACCUUUUCGAGGAGCCACGUCGAGACUCCCGAGACUCCCGAGACUCCCAAAACUCCAUGGGGAGUGAAGAGAUGCCUCGGAGAAGAUCAUCAAUCAGUGAGCGCUGGCAUGAGUUCAAGCGCCACUUGCCAUAAGUUGUGUUGGAAGACAAAAGCUGUACAUGAUACGACGUCAACGACUUUUUUUUCUCCUUCGUAUUUUUCUUUCUUCUUAUUUUUAUUUUAUUUAUUUUUAUUUUUGGGUCCUUCUUUCCUUUGUCCUUGUGCAUAUUGUCAGGCUUGCUCACUUCUGCGUCAAACCAGCUGAGUUUCUGGAUCACUAAUUUAGUUGGUUGCUUCGGGCUUCACAUAUCAUAUGUCCCAUGCGAGAAAUCCCUAGUCCAAAUGGUAUGGUAAUGUUAUGGCUUCAAAUUCAUUCAGAUAUGAUUUCACUUGCUGGACCUAAGCCAUAUUAUUUUGUUCGUGAAAUAAGAACAUUGCAUUGUGUGAC